UUUUCAUUAGUGUCCUCACAACCAUUAAUUAUUAUUAAUGAACGAACCUAUGACGGAAAGUAUAGUUUCGUCCUCUGUCGAUCUAGAAAAAUCAUCUAGUAGAAAAAGUAAUGACCAUCAACAUUCACCCUUUCGAUGCUCUCUUGAAGUCGAUCUUGAAGAUGGACCCCUCUUUAGAGCUACGUUAAAAGAGUAUGAAGGGAAAACAAGUACACUAAGACAUCAACUUAAACAAAUUUUAAAAGCUGCAACAGCCUCCUUUGAUGCCAAGUGUCUUGUACUGGAAGAGGAUAAAAGAUUUAUGGAAACCUUAAGGGAGGCCUCCUUUUCAGAACCACUCUUUACACAUUACUUGGACCAUAUCUGGGAUAAACUGAAUGAACAACAAGAGAGACUUACGUUUUGUAUGCAAAAUUUGUUAAUAUCUCCUCUACAAAAAUUAUAUGAUUUUGAUAUCAAGACAGCUGAAGCUAAACGACGUCAAUUUGAGGAUGUUAGUAAAGAAUAUUAUUCAAAUUUAUCAAAGUAUUUAAGUAUAAAGACAACUUCUUCUAAUUCAGUUAUAGAGAAAAGAAAGUUAAAAGCCGAAUCUGAAUUUAUGCUUAAAAAGAGACAUUUCGAUAUCGUUCGUUUUGAAUAUUAUUCAUUUCUACAGGACCUUCAUGGUGAACCUUACAAAUUCGGUCUUGAAGAAAUUGCUAAUAAAGUAGUUGAAGCAUCUAAAGAACAAAAAGUCGUAUCUCAGGAACGUGAUGAAAAGAGAAAGAUAUUGAUUUCAAAAUACAUAUCCUCACCUACAAUUACUGAAAAUACGUCAGUAACCUUGAAUAAGACUUUAGAAAGGAAAAACUCUUUUCAUGGUCGUCAUAGUAUAUCAACUGAUAUAGCCUUAUCACCACCACCACCACCUCCUUUACUAAAUGAGAAUGAUAUAUCACCUCUCGAAGGUCUUGAUGCUAACAAGAGUCGAACUUCUAAAUUUAAAGGGAUCCGUGAUAUGGAACAACAAAAUCAUCGUUUAGCUGCUACAAUGGGACAUAAAAAGGAAGGUUUCUUAUUCGCACCAUCAAAGCCAUCUAGAAACAUGAAUUCAUUUGAUGUAUCUUCGAAUAUUCAUUGGCACAAGUAUUGCAUAUUGGAACCCAUCAAUUUACGCUUUGCUACAAUUAGGGAAGCCAGAGAUGCUGAACGUCGUUUCUGUUUUGAGGUCAUUACUCCCAAAUUUCGACGUAUGUAUCAAGCAACAUCAAAUGAAGAGUUAUCUGAAUGGCUUGCGACUAUCAAUAAUGCUAUCAUAGACUUAUUAAAUGGUUCAGCUAGUGCUCUAGAUUUGUGUAAUGAAAAAAUGACAAAAAAGUCAAUUUCAAGUUCAUGGCUACAGUCAAGAUCUUUAUCAGGAGCUUUGAGUGGAUUAGCGGCUGCAAAAGAAAAGUAUUUGAAGAAGAAGAAGAAACGAAAUAUGAAAAAUAAUAGCAAUUAUAAUUAUAAUUAUAAUAAAUCAACGCCAAGUUCAUCACAAAAUCCAACUAAUCUUACUUUGGAAAAGGAGAAGGAAGAAGGGCUUAAAUUAUUGAAAGAAUUAAGAAAAGAUGAAUCAAAUAUGAUUUGCGCUGAUUGUUCAGCCAAGAGUCCUGAAUGGUGUUCAUUGAACCUUGGUAUUCUUUUGUGUAUAGAAUGCUCUGGUAUUCAUCGUAGUUUAGGUACACAUAUUUCUAAAGUUAGGUCCUUAAUUUUAGACAGUUCCUCUUUUACCCCUGAAAUUGUUCAAGUAUUAAUGUCAAUGGGUAAUCGAAAAGCAAAUGAAAUAUGGGAAUCUGAAUUACUGUCUAAUGAACAUAUAACGUCGAUGAACAUAAAGAAACCUAUACCCAGUGACUCAAGAGAAACUAAGCUUAAAUUUAUUCAAGCUAAAUACAUUGAACGAGCAUUUGUGAAAUGUAAGAACGAUAGAUCGAUUGAUUCCAUGAAUCUAUUAUACACUGCUAUCGAAAACAAUGACAUUCCACAAGCUAUGCAUGCUAUUGCUCUAGGUGCUGAUGUAAACAAACCAUUCUUUCAAAAUGAUCAUAAUAAUCGGUCAAUCAUACCAUUAGUUGAUUUAAACAAAGAAGAAGAACGAGAAAUACUUGAAAUACCCUACCUGGAUCGUCAUGGAAAUCAGAUUUCAAAAAAUAACAUAAUAGUAACCUGUCCACUCCAAUACCCACCUCUUGAACAAGCAUAUAAAAACAAAUUUAUUGUACGAUAUGCUUUGCAUUUAGCCUUGAUUUCACGACAUCAUUCAAUAAUGGAAUAUUGUUCAGAAUUAUCAGAUGAGGAAAUCAUCAGCAGUGAUGAAAAUAAAUACACAAUACAUCAAAUGAAGGAUACGACUAUAGACAAUCGUCUUAAGAAUGAACCUCAAGAAGUUAUUUCAAGUCCACCUAAUAAGCAUCAUUCUAGAUACCAAAGCUGUAGUAGCUAUCAUAGUAGUAGUAGUAGUAGUAGUAGUAGUAGUAGCGAAGGUAGUUCUCAGAGUGUUAACAGUCGCAACAGUAGUAUCUAUAGUCUUUCAGAAGAAGUAGCUCAACCUCGACAAUUUAUAAUGGCUGAGUUUUUACUACAAAAUGGUGCUGAUGUUUCCAUUGUGGAUUGCUAUACAGGUCAUCACUUGGCUGUAUUGAUUGGAUUAGGAGAUUUAGUUGAUGAUGAGGCCCUUGAUUAUUUGAAUGCAAAAAAUAGCCUACGUGGUCAAGCAGCUAUUCAGCGUACUCAAGUUAUACCCCAGCCUAUUACCACAGGAAAAUGAUAGUAAUUAUGAUAGACAAGAAGUAUAAUCUUGUUUUAAUGCGUAUAAAAUAAUAUAUCGAAUAAUACAAUACCAAUGUUUAAUACAUAUAAUA